AUGGUUUCUUUUGGAGCACAUCUGUUCACACCAGUCCACACAAAUGAGCAACACAAGUCGUCCAUUGUUAGACCCCCCCAUGACAUCAAGUGGAUUCAGUUCUCCAGGAGGCACGUUGAGGGGAAACCGGAGUGGCGCUCCGGGACGGCCACCUCUCCAGUGGAGCUCGGCCUGCGGGGGGGAGGCGUCAGAUUCCCCACAUGCCGGGAGGCAGCUGCUGACGGGGGUCACUCGGGUCCCCUGCACGGGGCCCCCACAGGUUCAGCCGCGAAGGGAAUGCGAGGAGGUGGAGGAGUUCAGGAGGCCUUCGCCAAGAUGAGGUCUGUGGCGGAUCACCUUACCUCAGACCUCGGUCCAGACCUGCGCCAAGUUCUGCUCCACCCGCUCCUAAAACCUGCUGUGACACGAGAGUCACAAUCCUGGCCUGACUUCCUAUGUGGCCGUGGUGAAGGUCACAAUCCUGGCCUGACUUCCUAUGUGGCCGUGGUGAAGGUCACAAUCCUGGCCGGCCAAACAUUCCCACAGCAGUCGUUGGUGAUGCAUCACAGCUUACGCCGCCGCUGCUUAUUUGAGGUGCGCAAGGAGAAGGAGAAAGAGAAGGAGAAAGAGAAGGAGAAGGAGAUGGAGACGGAGAAGGAGAAGAAGACAGAGACUGAGAGGGAGAAGGAGAUGGAGAAGGUGAAGGUGAAGGAGAAGGAGAAGGAGAAGGAGAAGGAGAAGGAGAAGGAGAAGGAGAAGGAGACUGAGACGGAGACGGAGAAGGAGAAGGAGAAGGAGAAGGAGAAGGAGAAAAAGAAGGAGAAGGAGAUGGAGAUGGAGAAGGAGAAGGAGAAGGAGAAGGAGAAGGAGAAGGAGAAGGAGAAGAAGAAGAAGAAAGAGAAAGAGAAAGAGAAAGAGAAAGAGAAGGAGAAGGAGAAGGAGACGGAGACGGAGAAGGAGAAGGAGAAGGAGAAAAAGAAGGAGAAGGAGAUGGAGAUGGAGAAGGAGAAGGAGAAGGAGAAGAAGAAAGAGAAAGAGAAAGAGAAGGAGAAUGAGAAGGAGAAGGAGACGGAGACGGAGAAGGAGAAAGAGAAGGAGAAGGAGAAGGAGACGGAGAUGGAGAAGGAGAAAGAGAAGGAGAAGGAGAAGGAGACGGAGACAAAGAAGGAGACAGAGAAGGAGACGGAGAAGGAGAAGGAGACAGAGAAGGAGAACGAGAAGGAAAAAUUGACAAAGAAGGAGAAGGAGACAGAGAAGGAGAAGGAGAAGGAGAAGGAGAAGGAGAAGGAGAAGGAUAAAGAGAAGGAGAAUGAGAAGGAGAUGGAGACAGAGAAGGAGAAGGAGACAGAGACUGAGAGGGAGAAGGAGAUGGAGAAGGUGAAGGUGAAGGAGAAGGAGAAGGAGAAGGAGACUGAGACGGAGACGGAGAAGGAGAAGGAGAAGGAGAAAAAGAAGGAGAAGGAGAUGGAGAUGGAGAAGGAGAAGGAGAAGGAGAAGGAGAAGGAGAAGGAGAAGGAGAAGGAGAAGAAGAAGAAGAAAGAGAAAGAGAAAGAGAAAGAGAAGGAGAAGGAGAAGGAGACGGAGACGGAGAAGGAGAAGGAGAAGGAGAAAAAGAAGGAGAAGGAGAUGGAGAUGGAGAAGGAGAAGGAGAAGGAGAAGAAGAAAGAGAAAGAGAAAGAGAAGGAGAAGGAGAAGGAGAAGGAGACGGAGACGGAGAAGGAGAAAGAGAAGGAGAAGGAGACGGAGACGGAGAAGGAGAAAGAGAAGGAGAAGGAGAAGGAGACGGAGACAAAGAAGGAGACAGGGAAGGAGACGGAGAAGGAGAAGGAGACAGAGAAGGAGAACGAGAAGGAAAAAUUGACAAAGAAGGAGAAGGAGACAGAGAAGGAGAAGGAGAAGGAGAACGAGAAGGAGAAGGCGAAGGAGAUGGAGACGGAGAAGGAGACGGAGACUGAGAGGGAGAAGGAGAUGGAGAAGGUGAAGUACGGAGCUGUGGGAAAGUGGGCUCUCUGCGCCGCAUGGCUGCAGCAAGUGUACACGCCGCGGGGAUGGAGUUACACGCCGGUGCUAAAGGGGGCUGAGUCCUUCAAAGACCCGGUGCCUUUCAUGAACUCACUUGUGGAUCACAAAAACCACGGCUGA